CGUCAUGCGUGCGCAGGCGCUCAGCGCUGAGGCCUGCCGGAAGCCAAGAUGGCGUAUAGGUAAUCGGCAGGCCGCAGUUGGCGCCUUGUCAGUAUUCGAGCUGGUAGUUUGUAAGCGGCUGUGGCGAACGCCCUCUCCGCCGUCAUGGCCAGGCAUCGGAAUGUCCGAGGCUAUAACUACGAUGAAGAUUUUGAAGAUGAUGAUCUCUAUGGCCAGUCUGUAGAGGAUGAUUAUUGUAUUUCACCAUCAACAGCUGCUCAGUUUAUUUACUCACGACGUGACAGACCUUCAGUUGUUGAACCUGUAGAAGAAUAUGAUUAUGAAGAUUUGAAAGAAUCCUCCAAUUCUCUUUUGAACCAUCAGCUAAGCGGAAUUGAUCAAGCUCGUCUUUUUUCAUGCCUUGAUCACAUGAGAGAGGUACUUGGAGAUGCUGUGCCAGAUGACAUACUGAUUGAAGCAGUUCUGAAGAACAAGUUUGAUGUGCAGAAGGCUUUGUCAGUGGUUCUGGAGCAAGAUAAAAUGCAGAAUUUGAAGGUCAAGAGUGAGGGAGCAAUAUCUACAGGAAAGAUAGCAAAAGGAGUCUUAUUAUCUUCCUCUGAAGUUUCAGCUGAUAAUGUUCAAAGCUCUUGUCCUCAAUCUGCAAACCAUUUGGAUUGCAGUAGCAAACCCUUUGAUUUUUCUGGCCCAGUAGCGAAAUAUGGAUUAUAUCAUAAUUCUUCGGUUGUACCAAGUCACUAUUUACUCCGUAAAAAAAAGAAACUUGACAGACCUAAAAGUGAAAAGAAACUAGAAUCAUCAUGUAGGUUUACUAUGUUAUCUGAAGCAAAUUAUUUCAUUGUUUGGAUACAUCAUAAUUUGUUUAACGAUUCCCUUAUUGAGGUACAUCUACAGUUUUUUCACCAUUACAGACAUCAUCACGGAAAAUCAAUAGAUUCCCAGUCAUCUCGAAGUGAAUCUGAAAUUGUGCCAAAAGUUGCUAAAAUGACUGUAUCUGGAAAGAAGCAAACUAUGGGAUUUGAAGUGCCUGGAGUAACUGCUGAAGAAAAUGGUCAUAUUUUCCACACACCUCAAAAAGGACAUUCUAGUGAAGAUACCGGCCUUGUUUCUUCUGAUGUACUUGAGACCGCUUCUAAAUCAGCCCUUCCAUCCCACACCAUUCAAGCAUCAGAAGAGCAGAGUUCAACACCGACACCAGUGAAAAAGUCUAGCAAGCUGAGGCAACAAAUAGAUAUCAAAGCGGAGCUGGAAAAGCGGCAAGGAGGGAAGCAACUCCUCAACCUAGUGGUCAUUGGUCAUGUUGAUGCUGGGAAAAGUACUCUGAUGGGCCAUUUGCUUUAUCUUCUGGGUAAUGUAAACAAAAGAACUAUGCAUAAGUAUGAACAAGAGUCUAAAAAGGCUGGCAAAUCUUCGUUUGCAUAUGCGUGGGUCUUGGAUGAGACUGGCGAAGAAAGGGAAAGGGGAGUAACAAUGGAUGUUGGUAUGACAAAGUUUGAGACCAAAACCAAAGUUAUUAUAUUAAUGGAUGCUCCAGGCCAUAAGGAUUUCAUUCCAAAUAUGAUUACAGGAGCAGCCCAGGCAGAUGUAGCAGUUUUAGUUGUAGAUGCCAGCAGGGGAGAGUUUGAAGCUGGAUUUGAGACUGGGGGACAAACACGAGAACAUGGCCUCUUGGUUCGUUCUCUGGGAGUGACCCAGCUUGCAGUUGCAGUCAAUAAAAUGGAUCAGGUUAAUUGGCAACAAGAAAGGUUUCAAGAGAUUACUGGAAAACUUGGGCACUUUCUUAAGCAAGCAGGUUUUAAGGAAAGUGAUGUAGCUUUUAUCCCUACAAGUGGUCUCAGUGGUGAAAAUCUAAUCACAAGAUCUCAGUCAAGGGAACUUACAAAAUGGUAUAAAGGACUAUGUUUAUUAGAACAAAUUGAUUCCUUCAAGCCUCCUCAAAGAUCUGUUGACAAGCCUUUCAGAUUAUGUGUAUCUGAUGUUUUCAAAGAUCAAGGAUCUGGAUUUUGUGUAACUGGUAAAAUUGAAGCUGGUUAUAUCCAAACUGGUGACCGACUACUAGCAAUGCCUCCUAAUGAAACUUGUACUGCAAAAGGAAUCACUCUGCAUGAUGAACCUGUCGACUGGGCGGCAGCAGGCGAUCAUGUUAGUCUUACGUUGGUUGGGAUGGAUGUCAUCAAAAUCAAUGUUGGCUGCAUAUUUUGUGGCCCCAAAGAACCCAUUAAGGUUUGCACUCGUUUCAGAGCCCGAAUCCUCAUCUUUAAUAUUGAAAUUCCUAUCACUAAAGGAUUUCCUGUGCUGUUACACUACCAAACUGUCAGUGAACCUGCCGUGGUUAAACGAUUGAUUAGCGUCUUAAACAAAAGCACUGGUGAAGUCACAAAGAAAAAGCCUAAAUUGUUGACCAAAGGCCAGAAUGCAUUGGUGGAGCUACAGACACAAAGACCAGUGGCUCUUGAGCUGUACAAAGACUUUAAAGAGCUGGGGAGAUUCAUGCUGCGCUACAGUGGUUCUACCAUAGCUGCUGGUGUAGUCACCGAGAUAAAAGGCUGAUGGGUCAGAAUUUCUACCAUGUUUCUAAAGACAGUGAGAUAGUUAACCUCCAUGUUUUGAAAGAAUCCAGUUAUUCAGUUAAAGCAACAAUGUGCAAUUGAUAUUUUUUUAAAUGAGAAAAUUCAAGCUAUAAUCAGCUGCAAAGAAGUAUUAUUCACCACUCCUACAAAAAUUUUAAGUUGCCAACUGGCAAAGAAAGGCUAAUAUUGCACUUUCAUUUAAAAAACUAGCUUUUCCUUUGAAAUGUUACUAAUGGAUUUACCUUUCUGAGACUUACGGAAGUUAUCAGAAAUAUGUGUUAGAAGACAUUGAAUCAUCAUGACGUGAACUCUACUUCCAGCCAAACCACCAAAUGUUUUCAGUUUUCUCUUUUGAUUUCAACUUACAACACACAUUUUUAAGGAAGAAUAACUAAAAUGGGUUAUUGAGGUAGUUAAUAUUUGACCUGAGCAGUUUUUUAGUUAACUGUAAGAAAAGAUUUGUUGAAGGUUAAUAAAGGUAUUUUGUGUUGA